AUGGUCCUUAAGGCCGCCAUCGAGUUCGACCUCCUCGAAAGAUGUUGGAAUGAUAUCAAUCAUGGCAACUCAGAUCAUCUGUUUUCAGUCAUCCUCAGAGAAAUUGAACUGGCAAUUGUAAUCCAACGUUUGAAUAAUCCGAAAUCUCCUUCGAUGUACUUAACGAAAGAUGCGAUUCUCGAAGGGGCAAUCCCAUUCAAAAAGGAGUAUAGGAUGAGUGCGUUCGAGUAUCACAGCACCCACCCGCGAUUCAACAAGAUCUUCAACUGGACAAUAUCCGAUCACUUCACCAUUACGAUGAAGAAGAUACCGCAAACAUACAAUGGCUUCGAGGGCCUCCAGAUGUUGGUGGAUGUAGGAGGCGGCAUCAGGGCCGCACUCAGCGUGAUCGUUGCCAAAUACCCUUUAAUUAAGGGCAUUAAGUAUGACUUGUCUCACGUGAUUGAAGAUGCUCCAUCUUAUCCUGGUAUCGAGAGCAUUGGAGGUGACAUGUUCGUCAGCGUUCCGUGUUUUAGGUUUUGCUCAUAA